AUGUUGUACCUCCUGGUGGCUAUUUGCUUUCUCAUGUGGAUCGUUCUCCUCUCGCUCACAAUCAAGAAUGACCAGAAGAUGACUGAGGAAUUAAAGACGAUAAAUGCUGCCAUUUCCCAGCGGAUAGACCAAGACCAGAAGAUGACUGAGGAAUUAAAGACGAUAAAUGCCCUUUCCCACAGGAUAAACCAAGUGUCCUCCACCCUGGCCAAAGCCAAGCUACUCUCCCAGGAUGUCUCGGCAUGUGGGGCACUUGUCUCCUGCCCAGCAGGGUACAAGCCCACGGGCUGCACCUGCGGAAUGUGCUGCAGCUCCUGGGACAUUCGCACCAACUCCACCUGCCACUGCCAGUGCGGCGGCAUCGACUGGACGGCCACAUGCUGCUGCAAGAUAGGGCUGGAGUGA